UUGUUGUGACGAACGUAAUUUGUUGCUCGUGACUCGUACUUUCCUUGCGUACCUUCCUGUCUCUGCUUCAGUAUUCCUAGACGACAACCACGUAUUUCUAUCUUCUAUUCUGUAUCCUUAUCCGGCUCUGUAUUGAAGUAGAUUCAGCGUCUAAACGUCAAGCAAUUAAAGUAAAUGAUGCAGACGAACGGUUCUGAAAACAUCGGUUCCGAAAAUGCAAACGAGAAGACGGGAUGGACGGUCGGAUUAAUAAAUGGAAAAUUUAAGUACCUUACAGCUGAAACAUUUGGUUUUAAAAUUAAUGCAAAUGGCUCUAGUUUGAAAAAGAAGCAAUUAUGGACUUUGGAAGGAAGUGAGCAGCAAGUUUUUCUGAGGUCUCAUUUGGAUCGCUAUUUAGCAGUAGAUCAAUUUGGAAAUGUUACCUGUGAGGCAGAAGAGCCUAUUGAUCCUGGCUGUGCUUUUCAAAUUCAAUUGGCUUCUGAUGGAAGCGGCAGAUGGGCAUUGAAGAACAUUCAGAGGGGCUAUUUCUUGGGUUCGAGCCAAGAUGAACUUAAAUGUAUGGCCAAAGCUCCAGGCGAGCCUGAAUAUUGGCUUGUACACCUUGCAGCCAGACCCCAAGUCAAUCUGAAAUCUGCUGGAAGAAAACGUUUCGCUCAUUUAAGUGCAACGCAAGACGAAAUUCAUGUGGAUGCACCAGUUCCUUGGGGCGAGGAUACACUUUUUACCUUAGAAUUUCGUCCUUCUUCAAUAGAAGAUAAUAGUCAGGAGAAUACUAAAUCUGAAGGUGGACAUUAUGCUCUGCAUACGUGCAAUAAUAAAUAUCUAGCGCGCGAUGGAAAACUUUUGGAUACUUGUACACGCGAUUGUCUCUAUGCAGCUGAGUUUCAUGCAGGCUUACUUGCACUCAGGGAUUUAUAUGGAGCAUAUUUGGCACCUAUUGGGAGCAAAGCUGUUUUAAAAUCAAGAUCCACGACAGUAACACGAGACGAAUUAUUUUCUUUAGAAGAAUCACUUCCACAAGCCUCGUUUGUCGCCGCUUUAAAUCAACGAUAUGUUUCCGUGAAACAAGGAGUUGAUGUAACAGCUAAUCAAGAUGAAAUUUCUGGACACGAGACGUUCCAAUUGGAAUUUGAUCGUGUUACUAAAAGAUGGUACGUACGAACCAUGCAAGAUCGUUAUUGGAGCCUUGAAGCCGGAGGAGGAAUUCAGGCAUCUGAGCAUAAACGAUCCUCCAACGCUCUGUUUGAUUUAAUUUGGCAAUCCGAGGAUGGCACAGUGGCUUUACGUGCCAACAACGGCAAAUUCUUAGCGACCAAACGUUCUGGUCAUCUCUAUGCAAAUGCGGAUUCUGUAAACGGAUUAGACUCAGACGCGAGCAAAUAUUAUUUCUACUUGAUGAACCGACCUGUUUUAGUUUUGCGCUGCGAACAAGGAUUUGUAGGGCCUAAAAGCGCAUCCAGUUCUAAGCUGGAGUGCAACAAAGCUAUCUAUGAAACUAUCCGGGUGGAGAGAUGUGAGCGAGGAAUCGUGAGAUUUAAAGGUCAAAAUGGCAAGUACUGGCAUGCCGAUAGUGAAGGUGUAAAUGUGGAUUCUGACGUACCUUCCGACGGUUUUUACCUAGAAUUGAGAGAACCGUCACGCAUUUGUAUUAAGCAUACCGAUGGAAGAUAUCUUGCAGCAGGGAAGAAUGGAGCAUUACGUUUGGGAGAAACAGAUUACGAGUCCGCUACCAAAUGGGAAUUCUAAUCAAAUGAUUAUGAAAAGCUGUGUCCUCUUUAAACUUUUUCCGAAUUACUCUUUUUUCAUAUCAUUUUAAAAACAUACAGUGGGUUAAAUAUUUAAAUUUAAC